AUGGGUGUUCCAAAGUUCUUCCGAUGGAUGUCCGAAAGGUAUCCCGGUAUUUCGCAGCUCAUUGCGGAGAAUCGCAUUCCUGAGUUCGAUUGUCUCUAUCUUGAUAUGAACGGAAUUAUCCAUAACUGCACACACAAUGACAACGAUAGUGUCACGACACGCAAAUCCGAGGAUAAGAUGUUCAUCUCCAUCUUCAAUUACAUUGAGCAUUUGUUUGGCAAGAUCAAGCCCAAGCAGCUCAUCUUCAUGGCCAUCGACGGUGUCGCCCCGCGCGCCAAGAUGAACCAGCAGCGUGCCCGACGCUUCCGCACUGCUCUCGACGCUGAAAAAGCUCGAGAGAAGGCGAUCCGUGAAGGCGUUGAAAUGCCCACGGAGGAAGCCUUCGACAGCAACUGCAUUACGCCGGGUACCGCCUUCAUGGCGAAGCUCACCCAGCAGCUCAAGUACUUUAUCAACAAGAAGAUCUCAGAGGACCUGGACUGGCAGGGCGUGGAAGUCGUCCUGUCCGGUCACGAGGUCCCUGGAGAGGGAGAGCACAAGAUCAUGGAGUACAUCCGCCAAGCAAAGGCACAGCCGGACUACGACCCAAACCGUCGCCACUGUUUGUAUGGUCUGGAUGCAGAUCUCAUCAUGCUGGGUCUGCUGAGCCAUGACCCCCAUUUCAGCUUGCUGCGUGAAGAGGUGACCUUUGGCCGCCAGAGCCAGACCAAGUCCAAGGAGCUGGAACAUCAAAACUUCUAUCUUAUGCAUCUCUGCAUCGUUCGAGAAUACCUAGAACUGGAGUUUCAAGAACUGGAGGAGCCUGGUGCUCUCAGCUUUCCAUUUGACAUGGAGCGCGUUAUUGACGAUUUUAUACUAAUGGCUUUUUUUGUUGGCAACGAUUUUCUUCCCAAUCUUCCGCAUCUACAUAUAAAUGAGGGCGCUUUAGCUCUCAUGUUCAACGUCUAUAAGACAGUACUACCCAAGGCCAAAGGCUACAUCAACGAAGAAGGUGUCAUCAAUAUGGAACGCUUGGCGCUCUUGCUCGACGAGCUUUCUCAGAUCGAGUACCGCCACUUCGAGUCAGAGAACGCGGAUGCUGCUUGGUUCAAGGGCAAGCGCCUCGGAAAGGAGGAUGUAAUGGUAAAGACGGCGAAACGAGGCACAGUUGUCAUGUCCACCCAGCAGAAAGAGCUCUUCUCCAAGGUCAAGAGCUGGUUGAGUACCUAUUUGGAGAAGAAGGAGCAGGCUCCUCUAGAUAUCCCAGUGUCGCUCAACGCAGAGGACCGAAAAUUUGUGCAAGAGCUCGCUGAUAAGCUUCAUCUUCCGUGGAAGACGGUUACGAAUGAUGAAGGGGAACGCCAUCUUCAAAUUACGACACCGCCCAAGUUGGUCGAGGAUGUGGACGACGACGAGGAAGAAGAAAUGGACGACGAAUCUACAAAGGCCAUUGCGCGUGUUGUACAAAAAUACGAGCAGGCCAAGAUUGUCGAUAUCUCACCGGACGAGGCCCAGGCAGCGAUGCAGAAGAAGUACGAUGAAAAGUUUGAUGCUUGGAAAAACGAUUACUACAAGAGCAAGUUCGACUGGGACCGCAGCAACGAAGAGGAGCUGCGGAAGUUGACCGAGAAUUACGUCCAAGGUUUACAAUGGGUUCUCUACUACUACUACCGUGGAGUAGCGUCGUGGCCAUGGUACUAUGGUUACCACUACUCCCCUAUGAUCUCUGAUGUCAAGCGAGGUCUUAAGGCUGAUAUCAACUUCAAAUUGGGCCAACCUUUCAAGCCCUUUCAACAGUUGAUGGGUGUCCUGCCAGACCGCAGUAAGAGCAUUGUCCCGGAGGCUUACCAUCCCCUCAUGACGAGCGAAGACUCACCUAUCAUCGACUUCUACCCGCGUGACUUCACUCUGGAUAUGAAUGGCAAGAAGCAGGACUGGGAGGCCGUUGUGAAGAUUCCGUUCAUCCAAGAAGAUCGCUUGCUCAGCGCCAUGGCCACGAAAGAACACAAUCUCACGGCAGAUGAGAAGUCGCGCAAUGGGUUUGGUGUCUCAUUGAAGUUUACCUACGUCAAAGAUUUAGACUUCAUCUACCCCUCAUCAUUACCUGGUGUCUUCCCGGACCUCCCGCACUGCAAGUGCGUUGAAAACAUUUUUGAUCUUCCUACCAUGGAUGGAUUAGAGUACUUCAUCGGCUUGAUGGAUGGUGUCAAAUUGGGCGCAAACGCAUUGGCUGGCUUCCCUAGUUUGAAGGUCCUGCCUUUCCACGGCAAGCUCGAAUUCGCCGGUGUCAAUGUCUUCCAGCAAGACAGUCGGAACGAGAGCAUGGUUAUCACGCUUCUGGACACAGCGCCGCGCCAGCCAGUCUCACAAGCAAAGGAAAAGCUUGGAAAGGCUGUCCAUGUUGGAUAUCCUUUCCUCCACGAGGCAAAGGUCGUCAAGGUUUCAGACGAACUCUUUGACUAUGUGCUUCCAGAAAGUGGGCCCUCGGUUCCUGUCGCGAUUCCUCACGACCCGCAGGCCAUUUCAAAUUGGAAAAAGACAGCCAAUCGAAUCGAGAACAACUACAGCAAACGCCUCGGUAUCAACAUUGGUGAAGUUGAGUCGCUUGUGCACGUGGAAAUGCUCAAAGGUCUGAAGAAGACAGACGACGGUGCGACCAUCAAGGAGUACGGUCCUGUUCCAGGCUUGCAGGUUGAGUACGCGACUCAGACCAUCGUCGACGAGGUUGUCAGCGCCGACCCUCGUUUCUUGGAACGUGAAGCCCUUCCGAUUGAGGAGGAGUUUCCUGAAGGUGCUAGGGCGUUUUACCUGGGAGACUAUGCAUAUGGUCGUCCUCUACAAGUCAUAGGUCAUACUGAUGGCAAGGCCAAUAUCAUGGUAGCGAAGCUCAAGAAGCCGGAGCGCGACUUUGGUCGUGACGUUGUCCGCAAGGCCGAGAAGGCUACACCCUAUAUCCCGUCGUAUGUCGUUGCACGACAGCUCAAUAUGCCACCGCUGGCGCUAUCCAAGUUGACUUCGUCUUUCAACGUCAACUCGAGUGGGCUCAAGCUGAAUCUGGGACUUAAUCUCAAGUUCGAAGCAAAGAAGCUCAAGGUGCUAGGGUACUCUCGCAAGUCUCAGAAUGGUUGGGAGUACAGUCAAAAGGCCAUGGACUUGCUUGCUCAGUACAUGAUCAAGUUCCCCGAGUUCAUCGCCGCUAUCAUCAACAACCCUACUGGCGAUGGCUGGGAGGAUACCGACUUCUAUCCUCCAGAGGUUGCGAAGCAAAAGGUCAAAGAGAUUGGAGCCUGGUUGAAGGAGGUUCAAACAAAGAACUUUGAAAAGGUUCCCUUGGAUGCGGAACAACUCGACUCUGAUACCGUUAAACUUAUUGAACAGGCUGCCGACGCAAACUUCCCGCUCACUCAGGAUGUGGAGCCCAAGAAGGUUGCCAAAGUGCCUCGUGUUGCUUUGCUUAAGCCAUCGGAUGCAGAGCAGCGCCUAGGACACCAAACCUUUGCCAUUGGUGACCGUAUCGUCUAUGUCCAAGACUCUGGAAGGGUUCCGAUCGGCUCAUCUGGCACCGUGAUUGGCAAGACGAGGACUGCCCGUGUCAUGCUACUGGAUAUUGUCUUUGAUGCCACCUUUAUGAGCGGGACAUCCCUGGGCGAUCGUUGCUCUCCUUUCCGAGGAUCGACCGUUCCCGCUACAGCUGUUGUGAACGUGACUGACCCACAGGUCGUGUCACUGUCAGGCGCAGCCGCUGCCAGGGCACCCCAAAAAGCACCUCAAUCCUACACUAUGCCCCGUUAUGGUGCUCCUGGUGGCCCUCAACUUGUGCCUGCCGCCGCUCCACCACCUCUUCAAGGCUCCUACCGAGGAGCGUUUGGCGGUGCGAAUGGACGCGGUGGUGGCAUGGCUCCACGACAAAACGGAGGUCCUCCGCAGGCCAAUCAACAAACACUUCCUAUCCACGGCGGGCCUCCUCGUGGGGGUCGUGGAGGGUUUGCACCACGUGUCCACACAAAUGGAGCGCCACACAACCCGCGCGGAAACCUUCGUGGCGGCAGCGCUGACUUUGUGCCUCGCGGCCGUGGAGGCUUUAAGGCCAACCGCGGCGGCUUUACCGUUGUGGACAACAGUGACCCUGCUGAGGGUGUAGUGCCCAAUAACCCCAACUUCCAGCCUAGAAAUUAUUCCAAUGUUCCACCGCCAGCCAAUCUAGAUGGAAGCCGAGGGGGUAGGGGACGAGGUCGCGGUCGUGGUGGCUUCCGUGGACGUGGAGGACCUAGAGGAGGUAGCCAGCCUGCUGUCGGAUAG